AUGCCGAAAGACCGAAAAAAGAGAAAGAGACGACAUUCAACAUCCAGCAGCAGCUCAAGUUCUUCAGGUGACGAAAGUCAGCGAAAUUGGAAGAAAUCGAAAAAAUCGCGUAAGAUAAUGAGCCCUUUGAUGGCAAUAAUGAGCCCUUUGAUGGCACUAUUGAGCCCUCUGAUGGCAAUAAUAAGCCCUUUGAUGGCACUAAUGAGCCCUUUGAUGGCACUAUUGAGCCCUCUCAUGGCAAUAAUGAGCCCUUUGAUGGCACUAAUGAGCCCUUUGAUGGCAAUAAUGAGCCCUUUGAUGGCACUAAUGAGCCCUUUGAUGGCAUUAAUGAGCCCUUUGGUGGCACUAAUGAGCCCUUUGAUGGCACUAACUAGCCCUUUAAUGGCACUAAUGAGCCCUUUGAUGGCAAUAAUGAGCCCUUUGACGGCACUAUGUCGACAAUAA